AUGGAGGCAGCAGUAAGAACUGGGUCCAGGGUCCUGGUCUGGGUGGCCUGUCUACUCCUGCCAUUCUCUGCUACAGCCGCUGGACCAGGGAUCACUCAGCCUGAAGUGGACACCACCCUUGGCAGCGUGCGGAGCCGGCAGGUGGGUGUGAAGGGCACAGACCGGCUCAUGAAUGUCUUCCUGGGCAUCCCGUUCACCCAGCCACCCUUGGGGCCCAGCCAGUUCUCUGCCCCACGCCCAGCGCCGUCCUGGGAGGGUGUGCGGGAUGCCAGCACGGUCCCUGCAAUCCACAGGUGCCUACAGGAUGUGGAGAGAAUGAACAACAGCCGAUUUACGCUGGACGGAAAACACCAGCUCUUUCCGAUUUCGGAGGACUGCCUGAUCCUCAACAUCUACAGCCCAGCUGAGGCCACCUCAGGGGCUGGGAGGCCGGUCAUGGCAUGGAUCCAUGGGGGCUCUUUCGUGGUUGGCGCCGCCACUUCCCACGAUGGCUCAGCCCUGGCCGCCUACGGGGAUAUGGUAGUGGUCACAGUCCAAUACCGGCUGGGGAUCCCUGGCUUCUUCAGCACUGGGGACAAGCACGCCCCUGGCAACUGGGGCUUCCUUGAUGUAGUGGCUGCUCUGCGCUGGGUGCAGGGGAACAUCACCCCCUUUGGAGGUGACUUCAACUCUGUCACCAUCUUUGGUGGAUCUGCUGGUGCCUGCAUCGUCUCUGCCCUGGUCCUGUCCCCACUGGCUGCAGGGCUGUUCCACAGAGCUAUAGCACAGAGUGGAAUCAUCACCUUACCAGGAUUUCUGAGUUCUGACCCCUGGCCCCUGGCUCAGAGCUUUGCCAGCUCCUUGGCCUGUGGCUCUAACUCCUUGGCUGAGAUGUUGCAGUGCCUUCGGCAGAAGUCAAGCAAGGAACUGAUGCUUGCAGAGAAGUUGGGUACAGCUUUCUACACCAUUGACAGCACCUUCUUUCCCAAGACCCCCAAUGAGCUCCUGAGGGAGAGGCAGCUCCACUCUGUGCCCUUCCUCCUGGGUGUCAACGAUCACAAGUUUGGCUGGCUCAUCCCCAAGGGCUGGGGGAUCCUGGAUAAGAUGAAUCAGAUGAACCCGGAGGACUUGCUGGCCAUCUUGAGGCCCUUCUUGACCAGUAUGAAUGUGCCUGCUGAGGUGAUACCUACCAUCAUAGACGAAUACCUAGGCAGCAGCUCAGAUGGACAAGACAAAUGAGAAGCCUUCCAGGAAUUGAUGAGUGACAUUGUCAUAAACUUUCCCAUGCUGAAUUUUUCAAGAAACCUCAGAGAUUCCAUCUUUUUCUAUCUGUUCCAGCAUCGACCCAGUUCUUUCGUGAAGUUCAAGCCGGCCUGGGUGCGGGCUGACCAUGGGGCUGAGAUGGCCUUCCUGUUCGGGGGUCCUUUCCUCACGGAUGAGAGCUCCAUGCUGGCCUUUCCAGAAGCCACAGAGGAGGAGAAGCAGCUGAGCCUCACCAUGAUGGCCCAGUGGACCCACUUUGCCCGGACAGGGAAUCCCAAUGACAGCGGGCUGCCUCUUUGGCCCUCCUUCAACCAUUCAGAGCAAUAUCUGGAAAUCGGCCUGGUGCCACGGGUCAGCCAGAAGCUAAGGAAGGCCCGAAUGCAGUUCUGGGCAGAGACACUUCCCACCAAGAUCCAGCAGUGGCAGCAGAAGAUGAAGGUCAGGAAGGCCCGGGAGGAUCUCUAAGGCAGGGCCUGGGUCUUCUGGGCUCAGGGCCAACCCUAGGGGUGGGCAAGUCUCAGUGGGGCAGCCUCCUUCUCCCCCUGCUAAGAAACUUUAACUCAAACCAGGCUUAUGAGUAGUCAUGCCUCCUAAAGCUUCAGCCCCUCCAUGACUGGCAAUGUGCUCCUUUGAAAUGUCAUCUGCUCCCAUAGAGGGGGGCUUUGCACAAACUUCCUCUCCCCACUUUUUUCAUGGAAAUUUCAGUUCAUAUUUCAAGCUUCCCAAAGGACCCUCCUCCUCCAGGACCUGCUUCAGGCCUGGCCCUAUCUGUGUCCGUUACAGCUUGGCCCACUCUAGGCUAGCAUUGUCUGUGUCUGUGUUUCUCUCCCACUCUGAGGAGUUCUCUGAGCAUGGAAAUCAGCCUGACCCCGUUCUGCAUCUCUCAUGCCAGGAUUGGGCAGGACCUGGAGUCAGAGGAUGUUUGGUGAAUGAGUGAAAGACUGAGAAAGUAUCAGAAUGGUGGCUGCUGGACGUGAACCCAGGCCAUUUAGGCACCAAAGCUAUGCUUAAUCCUGCACAGAUAUUGUCCCCCUGGCCAGAAGGGUGGAUGGACUCCAGGGGCAGAAACUUGGGGUAGGGGAGUCCUGAAGCAUCAGGGGAUCCAGCCUAGAACAGAUCUUAGCCCCCAGAAGCCUCUGAUUAGAGCUGGGGGAGGUCCCUUUUUCCAUGCUUGGCCCUUGCACAAGACAGAACAGAGUUCAACAGGGCCAGAACCCUGAUCCUUGGACAUGAGAUGCAAGCUUCCCAGCCCUAGGGCCUCAUCCCUUUAGGCCUGGUGGGGCUGCUUCCUCCCCACUCCAGCUAUGGGAGACCAACUUCCAGGGGAGCUCAGCACAACUUUCAGAGCACCUAUCAGGACACAGGAGAACAAGAUAGGUGAGAGUGUUUGGACUGGUGCAACAGUCAAGUUGUCACAGAGAAAAGAAGAGAUCUACCUGCUCAGGCUACAAUAGGUGAAAAGCAGCCAGAGGAUUUUGAGUAGGAGCACACAUUUCUUCUUUUGCUGAUCAAUACACCAUUCCCUUGUAACAUCUGGACUUUAAUACAUAGCCCAGUGACUUCCCCCACCCCGACUACCCCAUCCUACCUACUCCAAUCUCACGUAUACCCUUCCUCAGUCAGACUAAAUUCCUGGCUCCUAAUGGUUACGUGAAAACCACUUACAGUUGGGACCAGUUCUGUUCUGGGAAGUUCGCUUGGGGCAGUAAAGAGAAUCAUAAACCA